AAUUGCAAAUUCUUCUCAAAAAAAAAAAAAAAAAAAAAAAAAAAAGAAGAAGCAAAUCUUCCUUGAAUGUCUAUAAAUAGAGACAAAUCCGUUUCUCUUUUAGCUGGGAAUCUAAACGCUUCUCUCUCAGUCACUCUGCAAUCCUCCCUGUCUUGACAUCGAUUAUGGCUGCAAGUCUGCUUUCACAGUCGUCUCUCUUUCAACCCAAAUCCUCUAUUCCUCUCAAAACGCGUCAAAACCCUCGCCUGCCUCCCCCAUCUACUGUCUCGCUUCCGCCCAGAUUGAACUCUGUGGAGAAGAGGGAAUAUGGGUUUGUUGCGAAGUGUUCAAUGGCUGUCACUGGAUCAAAUUCGUUGGCUGCGGCUUCAGUUAGUAGGGAGAUGAAAAAUCCCAUAAUUGUCAUUGACAACUAUGAUAGCUUUACUUAUAAUCUUUGCCAGUACAUGGGGGAGUUAGGAUGCCACUUUGAGGUUUAUCGGAAUGAUGAGUUAACUGUGGAAGAGUUAAAAAGGAAAAAUCCAAGAGGGGUGCUUAUAUCUCCGGGACCAGGCACACCGCAGGAUUCUGGAAUAUCAUUGCAAACUGUUUUGGAGCUUGGACCUCUAGUGCCUUUGUUUGGCGUGUGUAUGGGACUGCAGUGUAUUGGAGAGGCCUUUGGGGGGAAGAUUGUUCGCUCUCCUUAUGGUGUCAUGCAUGGGAAAAGUUCUCCAGUAUAUUAUGAUGAGAAAGGGGAAGAUGGCCUGUUUUCUGGGUUAAACAGCCCUUUCAUUGUUGGGAGAUAUCAUAGCCUAGUGAUUGAAAAAGAGAGUUUCCCUACUGAAGAGCUUGAGAUUACAGCAUGGACAGAGGAUGGACUAAUAAUGGCUGCUCGUCACAAAAAGUAUAAGCAUCUGCAGGGAGUACAGUUCCAUCCAGAAAGUAUUAUAACGACGGAAGGCAAGAAGAUUGUCUACAAUUUCAUCAAAAUGAUAGAGAGAAAAGAAGCUGAAUCUCAAAACUAGUGAACAAAUCCUGUUAUGCUUGAAUGGAAAAUGUAAUUUGGUCGUUGUGCUUCUCUUUAAUGACCUAAUUGGAACUUAAAUUAUCUACCCAAUUGAUAAAUAGUUGAUAGUUUUCUUUAGUAGUUUCAAAUAUUUUCUUUAAUAACACAUUUCUAGAAAGAAAGGCCUUCUCAUCA